CAGAAGCACAAUACCUGCCACUGAAUGGGCGGAUCGGCCCCCGACCUCACUGGGGGCCUCGACGCAAAGUUUCUGUGGUUCAAGAGACGAUGUCACCGCAGCCUGUAUGCAUUUCUGUGGACUUGAUCGGCGCGCGGGGUUCUCGUGACUGAACGGAUGGUCGAUGUAUUUGAAACAGACAGGCCCCAAUGCUCCCUCUGGUGAAUUCCUCAAUCCUGAAGUAUCAGGGAGAUACACGUACAGUCUCGGACCGCUAACGCACCAACAUGUCGGACCCCAAGAGUGUUGACAGCUUCGACAACAGGCGCAGCGUGGAUCACCAUGAGAAGUCUCCAGGCCCGGAACGCCGGCGCUCGUCCAUAGCGGAUCUCAACAGAAACAAGAACUUGGAUGCAAAGAUCUCAAAUCCUCUCGCUGAUAUCCCGCAGGAAGAGUUGUUGGCUGACGUUGAAGAUUUCGCAAACCGUGCUGGCCUGAGUUCCGAAAUCGAGCUGAUCAAAAAGGGCGCCUUGGUCGCCCAGAACCCCGCCCAGUUUGAGAAUCUCGCUUUUCUUACCGAGGACGAGAAAGACGCUCUUCGUACAGAGGUCUCACGCAAAUGGAAACAUCCCUGGAAGCUCUAUAUGACCGUCAUCGUCUGUUCCAUCGGCGCCGCCGUCCAAGGCUGGGAUCAGACCGGAACCAACGGUGCCAAUCUGUCGUUCCCGGAAGCCUUCAACCUCGAUACACCAGAAGGGCAGCCCGGCUACGAGAGAGACUUCUGGAUCAUCGGGCUCGUCAACUCGGCGCCUUACAUCGGCAGCGCCUUUCUGGGCUGCUGGCUGUCUGAUCCGUGUAACUACUACCUAGGCCGCCGAGGCACCAUCUUCACCUCAGCUAUCUUUCUGAUUGCAACCCCGAUUGGUGGUGCCUGUUGCCAGACCUGGGAACAGUUGCUUGCCACGCGGAUCGUCAUGGGCAUCGGUAUGGGUUUGAAGGGUGCCACGACACCGGUGUUCGCUGCUGAGAACUCUCCCGCCGCCAUUCGAGGCGCCCUUGUCAUGACAUGGCAAUUCUGGACAGCUUUCGGGAUAUUUCUGGGCACUGCGUUCAACCUGGCCGUCUGGGAUGCCGGCGAUAUCGGCUGGCGUCUUCAGCUCGGUUCCGCCUUUAUUCCUGCCAUUCCUCUUGCUGCUAUGGUCUUUUUCUGCCCAGAGAGUCCGAGAUGGUGCAUCAAGCACGGCAAAGUGGGCAAAGCAUAUCAAUCUCUCCUCAAACUCAGGAACCACCCUCUCCUCGCCGCGAGGGACUUGUACUACAUCAGUACCCAGAUCGAGAUCGAGCAUGACAUCGUCGGCGAAUCGACCUACGUCUCGCGAUUCAUGCAGCUGUUCACCAUGCCUCGCGUGCGUCGCGCCACCCUGGCUUCCUUCACGGUCAUGAUCGCGCAGCAAAUGUGCGGCAUCAACAUCAUGGCUUUCUACUCCUCGACCAUCUUCCGCGAGGGCGGGGCGUCCGACUUCGAGGCGCUGUUGGGCUCCUUCGGUUUCGGGGCCGUCAACUUCCUCUUCGCCAUCCCGGCGUUCCUCACGAUCGACACCUUCGGUCGACGCGCCCUGUUGCUGUUCACGUUCCCGAAUAUGGCCUGGACGCUCCUCGCCGCAGGGUUUGCAUUCUACAUCCCGCGGUCGAGCAGUGCUCACCUGGGCGUCAUCGCACUGUUUGUGUACCUCUUCGCCGCGUUCUAUUCGCCUGGCGAAGGUCCCGUGCCAUUCACAUACUCAGCCGAGGUCUUUCCGCUGUCGCAUCGCGAGGUGGGCAUGGGCUGGGCGGUCGCGACGUGCCUCUUCUGGGCCGCGGUGCUGGGCCUAACAUUCCCCAAGAUCCUCGAAGCAUUCACUCCAACAGGCGCCUUUGGGUUCUUUGCAGGCCUGAACAUCUUGGCCCUGAUCAUGAUUUUCUUCUGGGUCCCCGAGACAAAGCAACGCACGCUCGAAGAACUAGACUACAUCUUCGCCGUCCCCACCCGCCGCUUCAUGUCCUACCAGACGAGCACCUGGCUGCCGUGGUUCAUCAAGCGCUACGUCUUCUGGCAGAAGUCCGCCGAGCUGAAGCCCCUGUACACCUUCGAGGCCGGCAUCGUCCGGGACAUCCGCCAGCAGCGCCGCGACAUGCGCGAGCACGAGGAGGUGGAGAGGGCGGCGAGCAUCUCGCGCGAGGCGGCCAAGACGGCCUGAGUCGGCGAGACAAGACGGGGUUUGGUUCAGGAUGAGGCCUCAUGGGGUGUUGGCGACAGUGGGAUGGAUUUCGGGGAAAGAAAUGGAAGUGGGUUUUCCAGUCUCUGAAUGGUUCUGCACAGCACAGGAUGUGUAUCUUUGUAUGUUAUGUGCUCGAAGCAAGUGAUCUCGGCGCCAAGAGCGGUGGUUUCAUGCAUCAUCGCGGCUAGCUGCUCGUGCAGAGAAGAUGUAUUGUCGAACGAGACCGAGAACGAGAACGCAUCACCAUAUUUACAUACAAUGUUGAGUUUUCUUGAACUCUUUCAGAUGAAACAAGCAAUCAAUCAACGCAAAG